AGCACUGACUGGCACAACCCCUGGGCACUGACUGGUGGCACUGACUGGCAGCACUGCUGGGCUGCACUGGUGGGUGGCACUGGUGGGCAGCACUGGUGGGCGGGCACUGGUGGGUGGGCACAGGUGGGUGGCACUGGUGGGCACAGGUGGGUGGCACUGCUGGGCACAUGUAGGUGGCACUUCUGGGCACAGGUAGGUGGCACUGCAGAGUGGCACAGGUGGGUGCACUGCUGGGCACAGGUGGGUGCACUGCUGGGCACAGGUGGGUGAUCUGCUGGGCACAGGUGGGCGGAACUUGCGGGUGGCACUGCUGG